AUGGCAGAGGUGACCAGCUUCAAAAGUGAUGACGGCUGUAGUUAUUGUAGUAGUGGUGGCUGUAGUAGUGGUGGCGACAGUAGGUGUAUCGGCAGUAGUUGUAACGGCAGUAGUGGUAGCGGCAGUGGUGGUGGCGGCAGUGGCGGUUGUGGCAGUACUGAUGGUGGCAGUGUUGUUGGUGACAGUAGUGGGGGUUGCAGUAGUGUUUGCUACCGCAGUGAUGGCUGCAGUAAUGGUGGUGACAGUAGUAUUGGCGGCAGUGUUGGCGGCGGCCGUAGUGAAGGCGGCGGUAGCGGUGGCGACACUACUGAUGGCGGCAGUAGUAACAGUUGCGGCAGAAGUGAUGGGGGCAGUAGUAAAGGUUGCGACAGUAGUGAUGGUUGCAGUAGUAACGAUGGCGGCAACAGUGGCGGCACUAGUAAUGGUGGCAGUGGAAACAUUGAAAAGGUCAGAGAAAUGCGGCACCCAAUAACGGGCAGUGUUGCAGUCCAGUUUUCAUCGUCAGAUGAGGUGCUUGCCUCCACGAUGCAAGGCCACCCUGUAGUUCAAGGACUGGGACGGCCAGUGCUGUCGCCCACUGUUAGCUGGAGGUCGCCACUGGCCACGUACCACAGCUCGGAGCCGUUACGGUUUUUCAUCCUGUUACGCGGAUCCGCCUCCAUAUAUGUCAACCCAUUCAUCGCGCAGGGUAAACGUCGCCAGAGUACCGGAAGUUCCAUCGAGAAUGUCUUGAUUGCAGCGACCCUGGGCGAGAAAGAAAGUCUGAAGCCGAAGUCGGCUGCUUCCGGUACAUCGCGACGCACGGCGCCGUCCCGCAUGUCGGAGACGAAAGGAGUUCAUUCAUCCCCAUCGAACAGCACGCCUAAGCUGCCACCUGAUGUCGACAAAGUCGCCCGCGAUGGCCAAACAGAAACCCAAGAACGUUCACAGGAAGCCACGCCGGAAGUGUUAAGUCGUCUGCAGACGGCUACUCCAAAAUCGCGCCAAUCCAAAAGCUCCCAGAAGAAAAACGCGAGAUCUCGUCUGGGAAAGUUUGUUUUGAACUAUGAGAAAGGAAAAUAUUUCGACGAAGAGACGCUGUUGGACGAAGACAACGUGUUCAGCGCGUCCGUCAUAGCCGACGAGGCCACCGACGUCAUGUUGAUCAAUGAACACACGUUCAACGAGUUUGUCAAAUCGCAUCAGGAGAAAGAGACGACAACAAUGAUAAACUUCGUUGACAUGCAUCCGUUCUUCAGUGGUCUCCCUUUACACACACGUGGUAUGCUGCAGAUCGGACUGAAGAUUGAGCGCCAUCUUGCGGGGAACUUUAUCGUCAAGCAGGGCGAUGCCAUCAAUAGACUGGCUUUCAUAGUCAGCGGAAGUGCGGAGAUGAUCGUGGAGCCGAGCCGCCACCGCCUCCAGUACCCGACCUACUGGCCCUUCGAGGCGCUUGGGGACGUUUACUACAAUGAGUGCGAUUGGCUAAGAGAUUCCCGCCGGCGGUUCUAUCAGCGGCAGUACGAGUUUGGAGGGGAGGUUUCGAGACGGACGGCGCGAGAAAAUGGUGCCACUAAGAAACAGGAAGUGAGCAUUUGCGCCAUCCAGAGACGCGAGGUUCUCGGCAUAACGGAAAUCAUGCUAAAUCUGCGCACGCAUAUGGCCAGUAUGCGGUGCUUGCACGAUUGUGACGUGUACACGCUGAACCUGAGGUCUUUCCGGAGGGUUAUCAAGCGCUACCCACACGCGGCUCACGUGAUAUGGGCAUACGUGCUGAUGAAGAUGCAGCACCGCCUCGACUCCAAAAUCAGUGGCAAGGUUCCGCUCUUCAAGACGCUUUACACACUUGCCGAGAAAGAGGCGAAAGAGAAGGCGGAAGCAGUGAGUGUUACGCUGAACGUGGAGCGGCAGCGGCAGCGGGAGUCGGUCAUGUUAGAGCUGCUCGAGUACUUUAAGCAGGACAAGGCGGCCCUAGCGCCACACAGCGAUCCCCGGGCGCUCAUGUACAAAGAGCUGAUGAAGGAGCGGGCGGCGCUGAGGAAGAGCAUUCGGGAGAGGACGCAGGAGUUUGGGGCGCCGGCUCCAAAGUACGUGAGGCGAGGCUGCCUGGCAUCGGUGAAGAACGGCCGGAAGCCGCUGAGUCUGCACCAGCUGCGCGACCCUAUGAGCGAGCUGAUGGUGAAACUGCGCAUGGAGGGAACCUUCGUGUCCAGUCAGAAGGAACUCGAGGACAUGAUAAUGAGGUUUUCCGUGACGCCAGUCAGCAAUGACGUCGACGUGUCCAACCAAGCAGAACGCGUGUUGGACGAGGAAUAUAACGUUCUUAGAUACCGUCGCUAUGGUAACCGCCUUGUGCGUAACUUCGCCAAAAUGAUGGAUCGGCGAGACCCGCGCGUGCUGUUGAGCACGAGGAACCGGGAUUACACCUCGUUGCUGGACGAUAGUAUGUCAGAACCGGAUAUGACGACACUGAUUCGUGACGUUAUACACGAAGAAGAUGAGUUUUUCGAGAAGUUCGAUCCAGCGUAUACCAGCACCCGCCCGGCGACCUUCAAAACUGGCUGCAGAAGUCGGACGACCUUACACCCAACAAGACCAACCACGUAUAAAAGCGCUUUUACGAGACCAACCACGUAUAAAGGCGCUCUAACGAGGCCAACCACGUAUAAAAGCGCCGCCAGUACCAAUACAUAUAAAACACUACAGUUUGACCGUCGAAGCGUGACGCCCAACACCCUGGAGAACCGUAUUCGAGAGUUUCACUACAAGUAUGGAGGGACGGAUGAGGAGCUGGAUCGACUUCCUGUCAUGAAGAACCAUAGAGACCUCUGGAUCAACCCAGACGAGCCGCCGGUUCCCGGCGGGAAAGUGUUCGUCACCGUUGUUCCGUGCGUCUCUUGCAAUAAGAAUGUGCUGCUCAAGAACCACAACCACAUCCGCUGUCAGAUGUUGCACUCUCUACCCAUGGACCGAGUGAAGAAUUAUAAACCCAUGUAGUAGUUUGAAACCACUAUAAACAUUCGUUAAGACAAUCGAAAUUCAAGCAAAGACUCUCGUAAGGCGUCAUUACAACGCCAAAAGGACUUCAAUUCAUAGUACAAAAUACGUUUAA